AUGGGCAAUCCUAUCAUAAAGGUCCGCCUGCCCACGCCCUCUCCCGCCCAACCAUCAACCCCCAAACGUGCUCCUGUGGCUGAGCCUUUGAUCACCCAAGAAUCCCCCAGGGCCAGAACUACGCACGGCAGUGUGGCAGAGCCCCAGGCCACACAAGUGACGGCCAACGACAAGCCCAUUUACUACAUCCCCCACCCAGACGAGUUCAUUGCGCGGAGGGCAUCGUUCCCUCACACCACCUACGUGAUUACCAAGGGGGAAGAAGUAGGGCUUUUCUCGGCAUGGCACGACGCAGCCAUUCGAGUUCAAAACAUUCCGGCCCCAAAGGGCCGCAUCCAAUAUAUUUUGCAAAGCUUCCCCACCUUUGAAGCAGCCUUCGAUGUGUACGCCCAUGCCUACAACAUGCGUACCCUUGAGCCCAUCCCCAUUUCUGGGGGCCGCUUCGAUGUUCCCAUUAAUAGGUUUUUUGACGACCAGCCUAAUUCAGACGGCGAGUGGGACUCUGAUUCUGCACGGGCAGAUCAAGACAAUUGCGAGGGCUGGGUUUUUGCGGACUCUGACGAAGAAAUCCAAGUUCACACAAGUCGCGCAGGCACUUGGUAG